AUGUCCAUAGAUUUGGUAUGGACAAAUUCAAAACCUGAAUUAUUAUUUAUUGAUCGAGGCCAUAAUGAUGGCAAUCUUUUUCGCCACCGGAAACAGUCAUUUGACAGUCAUCCAGCUUGUUGCAAGGAUGGUACACCUGGAAUUCUCGGAUUAGAUGGACUUCCUGAGUUUCUAACGAAAUAUCAGGAUGGAAAAUGCAUUGAAUGCCGACAUGGUCUGCCAGGUAUGGCAGGUCCUACAAGAACACCCAGUGAGCCUGGACCAAAAGGACUAGAUGGAGUAAACGGAGAGUGA